CACUAUCCUUUUUACAAGACACAUUAAUUAUGAAUAAAAUUAAUUCUAAUGCUGAUAUAUUCUACACUCGAUCAAUAACUGUUGAAUUUUAUGUUUUAAUUAUUAAUAGUGAGGUUCGUAAAGUGGUGCUUAGAAACAACAGCAAAGGUUUAAAUGAUGUAUCGAAAAGUAGCUGCUAACCAUGAUAUGAUCGUGAUAUUAAAAUAUCCUGUAAAUGAACCCUAAUAAGAUGCCUCUCACGUUUUUUGAUAUUUUUAUUAGCUAAAUAAAUUAUUUUACAAGUCAUAGUUCUAUAAAAAAGAAGAAUAAUUUGAGGUUAAUUCUCGUCCUCAAGUUUUGAUAAAAAAACGUCAAAAAUAAAAAGUUAUUUAUUAAAGUAACUUGAGUGAAAUGUAGAUUGAUUUAAUUUUAUCUAAAAAUAAGGACGUCUACUGAUUAAAUAUGUUUCCAGAACAAGACAAAAAUAACUCUCAGAAUGAUACUGAUGAGAAAAAAUAUGAAAUACAAGGAUAUAACAAUUUUCAGGACUUCAUGAAGGAUGGUUUCAAAACAUUAAUGGAAGCCAUAAGGCACUCAAACAACUUACCUCAAGGUUCUGAUUGGAAUUUCUACAAUACACAUGAUGGAUUUGUUAAAAUUAUUAAUGACGAAAGUACUACAGUACUAAAACAAAUCAACACAAUUCUACGAACUAAUCAAACAGAAGGAAACAUUUAUCACAGAGGAUUAGAUGAAAAAACUGAAUUAAUUGUAGAGGGCAAUGAUAAUAUAUUGGAGAGGGUAGCAAUAAAUAUAGAUGAAAUGAAUGGUAUAAGAAAAACCGGCAACGCACCUAUUUUAAUCCAAAGUGUUAGUGCUGAGCUGCCUAUCAAUGGAUCUUGGAAUCAAGUCAAUAAUGCUACAUUUUCAGUUACUUCUUUGGCCACACAGGGUAAACCCAAAAAUAAGGGUAGUGUAAUGAGACUACUGACAGCUAAAAACAUUAUUAGACCUCAAACAUUUUUUAAAGACAAAAUUAUAAAUAGCAGCAGUUUUCCUUGGGAGCCUAGGAUUAAAGACAAACCAAAUUCCUUGAAACCUUUGGCGAUAUUUUUAGAAGAAACCCAAAAUGGGGAAGAAUAUUCCCAUCCUUAUGAGUUUGAAUUAGAAAGAUUCACACCUUCUCCUGAGCAAUUGUUAACACAAACACCCAUCAAACCUCUCCCCAUUGAAGUUACUCCUCUUAUAGAAGUAUCUGAACCUCAUCAGUUAGACGAUCUGCUAAAUGAUUUGCGGAACUGUAAAGAGUUUGCUGUCGACUUGGAACACCACUCUUACCGAACAUUUAUGGGAAUAACUUGUCUUAUGCAAAUAUCUACUAGAGAAAAAGAUUAUCUCAUCGACACACUUACAUUAAGGGAUACAUUACACGUUUUGAAUGAAGUUUUCACUAAACCUACAAUUUUGAAGGUUUUCCAUGGUGCAGACAGUGACAUUCUGUGGUUGCAACGAGAUUUGUCCAUCUAUGUUGUUAAUAUGUUUGACACUUAUUAUGCAGCCAAAAAACUAGAAUAUUCUGGUCUCUCUCUGGCUUAUUUAAUGCAACGAUUUUGCAAUUUUGUUCCUGAUAAACAAUUUCAAUUAGCCGAUUGGAGGAUGAGACCAUUGCCUGAUAACUUAAAAUGUUACGCCAGAGAAGAUACCCAUUAUCUGUUGUAUGUUUAUGAUAUGCUUAAAAAUGAGCUAUUGUCACGUACAAACGGUCAUAAUUUAUUAUUGUCAGUUUUCGAUAGUAGUACUGAAGUUUGCAAAAAGAGAUACUUUAAACCUGUGUUAAGGGAGGACAGUUAUUUAGAUUUUUACAGAAAAUGUAAAAGAUUGUUUGACAAUAGACAACUGUAUGCAUUAAAAGAACUUUAUAGAUGGAGGGAUGAAAUAUCUAGAAAGGAAGAUGAAAGUACAGGGUAUGUUUUACCAAACCAUAUGUUGUUACAAAUUGCGGAAACUUUACCAAGAGAAAUGCAAGGAAUUUUAGCUUGCUGUAAUCCAAUACCACCUCUUGUUAGAUCCAACUUAUUAGAACUACAUCAUAUUAUUUUGAGGGCCAAAGAACAGUCUUUAGAAAAGCCGAUUCUUCAAGAAGACACGAGAGCUAGGGGAACCACAAAGAAAAUGUCGAAAAUAAAUGUGGACAGUCAGUUAAAUUGUCCACAUGAUUUGACAAAAUCUAGUGAAUUUAGAGAUGACUUACCAACGAUUCUUGGAAAGGCACUAGAAUCUAAUAUUUCGGCACUAGUGGUCAGUAAACUUGAAAAAGAAUCAACAACACCUAAAUGCUCAGUUUUCAACACUCCAGACAAUUCCGAUGAUGAUGAACAGAGAAUUAAGGCUAGAGAAAAGAUGCAGACUUUCAAAUUUUUGGGCCCUUUCGAGAGAUAUAAAUUAGUUAGACCUUACAUUCAAGCUGAGGAAGAGAAACUAUCCAAAGAUAAAGAAGAGUCUAAAGCAUCUCAAAAACCGGAAGAAGACACUAGAACUGACGAAGAAAGAAUCGAAUCGAUUCGUGAAUUGUUCUUAUCGUUAGCCAAAAAAACGGCACCCGAUUCUGAAAAUCUCGAUCGUUCGUUGGUCCAAAUGGGCGGUAGAAAAAGAAAACGGGAGACUUUACCUCCACCCCAAUCGACGUCACACCAUCCCGUGUUUUUACCCAUUUCAAACAAGACUAUCGAAGAAGAUAAUCCAAGAAAGAGAAGAUCUAGUGGCGUUGCGCCAGACGACGUUAGUCCGCCAAAAAGGAAAAAACAAAAGAAACCUAAAAAUAAUUCGCGAAAUAAUAAAAAUAAUCCAGAGGAAUUUUCUGGAACAUCUCGAGAUCAGGAUGAACAAAACCAACAACGAUUUUCUGGGGAACAAGAUCCGGGGAAUCAACAACACCCACAAAGCCAAAAAGGUAAAAAUAAGAAAAAGAAACAACAGAAGAAUAGAAACGGACCUCAAGGUCAAACAGGUAAGUAUAAUCAGCCAGGUUGGAAUCCACAAAAUCAAGGACAACUUGACAAUCCAAAUCAAAGAGAGCAACACGAUCAAGGGCAAAAACGUCAACGUAACCGAGGUCCAAAAGAUCAGCAACAUCAAAAUCAAAGAGGUCAAACUUCACAAUCUGGCAUUAGUAAAGAUAAUCAGAACCAAGAAUUUGCUGCUUAUGAUUAUAGUUCCGUAGAUUUUAGGCAGUUCCAAGGUGGCGCUGGUACUGUUUCAAAACCACAGGAGUUUAAGAGUAAUUUCAAAUUUAAGGGUAAAAAGACAGGUGCAAACAGGGGUAACAAUAGAUCGUCCACAAUUGGAACAGCACCUAGAGGGGGCGGUAGAGGAAGGAGCAAUAGGGGAGGGGGAGGCGGCGGAAGAAGCGGGAGCAGUAGGGGAGGAGGAGGAGGCGGCGGAAGAGGAAAAGGGAGAGGUCGUUGAUUAAAAUUUAGAAAAUAUUUACCUAUUGUUUUUUAUUGAGAAUUGUUUACAUUUUGUACAUUUUCUUGAAUAAACGUUUACAAAGAAUAGUAGUUUGUGCAACAAGAGUGGAUUUGAUGGCCAUAUCGCACGAAGACGAAAAUUGAGAACGACGCCGUAGGCGGAGUGCUCUAUCGUCUGAGUGAUUGGCGGAUUUCAUUUUUUUGCAGAGUUCUCACUACCUAGAAAGGAUAUGAAAUAUAUUCGUUCAGUUGAAGUUAAUAGCUUACUUUUUCGUUUUGUAAUCUGUGCAUAGAUAUAGUAAUAUCCAUGUUGGUGUAGAAAAAAUAAUUUUUUUAUCAGAUGUAGACCCGCAUAAAUCGAGAAGAAUAUAUAGAUCACGCUG